CUGUGUGAGGGCACGACCUUGGCGAGCCUGACACUGAUCAGGCCGAUCAAGCUUGGUUCCCUCAGAGGUUGACGGCGUGUCACAACUCAAUAAGUUUGCGAGACUUAGCUUCGCUCUGAACCAGCCUGUAGGAAGCCGUUCACUGUGCAAUGGCUGCCCUUGCGGCCCGGCUAGUGACUGAUACCGAAUGCUGCCGUAGUUAUCAAGAGAUAGCGAAGUCAAACUCUCGUCACCAGAUGCCAGCGUGGAACGCUUGUAGAGAAGAGAAUUAAACUCUUGUAGCGAACAGCAUCAAAUCAUUGUAGCCAACAGCAUGGCCGAGCGAGCGCCGUCGCACUUUCCGCCGUUAGCAGCUGCGACUCCUCGUCGCCUCCGCCUUUCGCGCAUGUCGCACUUUAUUCUCCUGCUUCUCCUGCUUCCUUCGCCAAUCCAUUGCGACGCUCGCCGGGGUGGCAGGCCGAGAGGGCGGCAGCGGCCCGUCGACCCUCUCGCUCCGGGCGGCGCGCAGCACGCUCAGGCCGUCGCGCUUUUUAAGGCAUGGUCGUACAUGUAUGGGCUCGUCCCCCGGACUAACUACAGCACCAGCAGCAGCACCGAUAUCAGCGCCGAUAGUGCUUCCGCGAAACCGCCUCUACUCCCCCCGAGAGCCCUCCGCCCUCCCCCGGGCUUCGCCUCAAGCGCAUCCGCUGGCGGAGGGUCUGGGGGAAGCGGGGCGCGCGUUCCGCUGGCUCCGCACCUGGAGAACUGCGCGGCGCUGUCGCGCGCGCGGGAGGCGGCGGAGGUGCGCGGACCCGCGGGGGAAAUGCCCGCCUGGGCGCGGCCCUCCAACUGCUCUGAUUGGUCGCCGGAUCCCCCAUGGAUCCGGGGCACGGACGCAGCCAAUCUGGCGAUGACACGUGGCGUGCAGAGAGACCUCUGGGCACACCAGUUUCCGCCCGAGGGCUCCUGCUCGGGGGGGGAAGGCGCGAGUAAGCUUCUGGUGGUGGCGUGGCCGCCAGUGCAGGGCUUUGGCAUUGGCGCGCAGCUGCACAUCAUGUCGGCCGCCCUCAGCCUCGCUGUGGCUUAUGGAAGAAUCUUGACGGUGUUGCCUGGGAGCUUCGAGCACGCUGCCCAUGCUGCCUGCCGAGACGUCGGUCAUCCCUCCUCUCUCUCCUGUUACUUCCUCCCCCUCUCCUCGCUCGAGUGCGAGAGGGCGGGGGCAGCAGCAGUGGCGGAGAAGAGAGCACCGUACGCGCCGCGCAGCUACGAGGAGAUGAAAUCCGCCCUUGCAUCAGACGAGCCGGCGCUCUACAUUGCGGCUAACUUCCCCUGGCCGCUUCGAUUCAAGUUCCAGGCUGACGCUGCCAGUCGAUGGGGCGCGCCUUGGUACGACCGGCCAAUCACAGUGCACCACGUGGGCGGUGUUCCUGCCAUGUCAGACGACCUGCUAAAGGUCCACUGGUGGCGAAGUCAGUCGGUGCGUUUCUUCCUUCGCUCCCCCACCGCCUACCUCUGCCAUCUCACCAACGCAGCCCGCCACCACACCUACGGCUUCAGAGUCGCACUCUCUCUCGCCUCUGCUGCCGCCGCCAAGUCCGCUGCUCUUGAAAUGCUCCGCGGCAGCAGGGGGGACGGCAGCGGGGGUGGGGGUGUGGGGAUGGACGAAGCUUGGCUAGGUUCCCUAGCUGACGUGGAUGGGGGAGUGGUAGCUGACAGCGAUGCUGCUGGUGAUGCUGGUGAUGCUGGUGAUGCUGGUGAUGGUGGGGGUGAUGGGGAUGGUAACUCUUCUGGUGGUAACCGCAUUAGCGGAGAAGGCAGUUCACGGGACAAUAGUGACAAUGAUAGCAAUGGCGAUCGCAAGGAGGGUAGGGCCAGCAGCAGCACAGCACCUCACCUGUCUCUCAUCUCCUCUCUAUUAGAAACCUCCAUCUGGAUGUCGAAUCCUGCAGCUGCCAGCGGCCGACUUUACGGCCCCAACUGUGCCAGCCAUAGCCAAGGGGGAGGGGGGGAGGAGCCGGAGGAGGCAGCACAAGGGGAAGUGGUAUCCUGGGCGGGUUUGUCUGAGGAGCCGUACCUGCCGCGGCCGAUAGUGAGUGUGCAUGUGCGGCAGGGAGACAAGGCGGGGGAGAUGCGCCUGCUGCCGCUCAGGGCGUUUGUGGCUGCGGCGCAACACAUGCGGCGGAAUGCGCCCAACCUGAACCAUGUUUGGCUCAGCACUGAAAUGCAGCGCGUGGUGGAGGAGGCGAAGGAGCAGCACCGGGAUUGGACCUUCCUGUUCACGCAGAACCCGAGGCAGGAGGGGGCCAUGACCAUGCACGAAUACGAGGCGGCAGUGGGGGCGGAUGUGCUUGUGGGGCUCAGCUUUGUCAACCUCAUUAUAGCGUCGCAGUGCGAUUAUUUUGUCGGUACACUUGGGUCGAAUUGGAACCGGCUUAUAGAUGAGCUGAGAUGUACUAAUGGCCGCUUGUUUAGUGGGUACUUGGCAUUGAACCAUGGUCAGUGGAGAUAAUAUGGUGUAUCAUUCAUUGCCAUAUUAUAAAUUCAUUUUAUUACUAC